AUGAGAGGCGAGGUCUGCCAUCUCCAUAUCGGCCAGGCUGGUACCCAGCUUGGAAACAGUGCUUGGGAACUAUAUCUUCUCGAACACGGUUUGAAGGCUGAUGGUCGUCUGGACCCCGAAGCCACAGACAUUGGUGAAGCUGGGUCCUUUGAAACCUUCUUCACCGAGACGGGCAGCGGCAAAUAUGUUCCUCGCUCUAUCUUCGUCGAUUUGGACCCUUCCCCAAUCGAUGAAAUCCGCACUGGUCCCUAUCGCCAGCUCUUCCACCCUGAAAUGUUGAUCAGCGGAAAGGAAGAUGCAGCAAACAACUAUGCCCGUGGUCACUACACCAUCGGAAAGGAGCUUGUCGACAGUGUCAUUGACCGAAUUCGCCGUGUUGCUGACAACUGUUCGUCCCUCCAGGGAUUUUUGAUCUUCCACUCUUUUGGCGGUGGUACCGGUUCCGGUUUCGGUGCCCUCCUCUUGGAGCGUCUCUCCACCGAUUACGGCAAAAAAUCCAAGCUCGAAUUCGCUGUCUACCCAGCACCCCGUGUCUCAACCGCCGUUGUCGAACCAUAUAACGCCGUUCUCUCUACCCACAGCACCAUUGAGAAUUCUGACUGCACAUUCCUCGUCGACAAUGAAGCUGUCUACGACAUCUGCCACCGCAACCUUGAUAUCCCCCGCCCUGGUUAUGAACAUCUCAACCGCCUCAUCGCCCAAGUUGUCAGCUCCAUCACAUCUAGCUUGCGCUUCGAUGGUGCCCUGAACGUCGAUCUCAACGAGUUCCAGACCAACUUGGUCCCUUACCCUCGUAUUCACUACCCCCUCAUCAGCUACGCACCCGUUGUAUCCAGCAACAGAAGCUCCCAUGAAAGCUUCAAGGUCAACGACCUUACCUUCCAAUGCUUCGAACCAAACAACCAGAUGGUCGUCUGCGACCCACGUAAUGGAAAAUACAUGGCCGUGGCUCUCCUCUACCGCGGUGACGUCGUCCCCCGCGACUGCAACGCCGCUGUUGCCUCCCUCAAAGCUAAGACCUCCUUCAACCUUGUCGAAUGGUGCCCGACUGGCUUCAAGAUCGGCAUCAACUACCAGAAGCCCAUGCGCGUGCCAGGCGGCGAGCUCGCUCCAGUCGACCGCUCCGUCAGCAUGUUGUCCAACACCACCGCAAUUGCCGAGGCCUGGAGCCGUCUUGACCACAAGUUCGACCUGAUGUACUCGAAACGCGCCUUUGUGCAUUGGUAUGUUGGCGAGGGAAUGGAGGAAGGCGAAUUCUCCGAAGCACGUGAGGAUCUUGCUGCGUUGGAGAAGGAUUACGAGGAGGUUGCCAGCGAUAGUCUGGACACGGAAGGGGAUGAGGGUGUUGAGUAUUAA